AUGCGGCCCGCACGGUUUGCGGUGGCCGUACUUGCCCUUGCGGUGUGCCUUCGAAGCACAGGUACGCAGGCUCUGACCUGGCCCGCUGGCUUCCGCUUGCUGAAGCUUCCGGCGAGCCUUGCAGAAAAUGCAAGGUCUGAGCUUGAUGCAUGCCUGGUUCAGAACCAGCGGAAGCUGGAAAUGCAGUUCUCCUUCACUACCUUGCGCGGUGGUCGGGGCCGGCUGAGGAGGCUUCCUGGCCCCGACUUUUACCCCGCCUGCGACCGUCUCAUGCGGGCAGCGGAGGUGAGCUUUGGCCUGGAGGCCGACAGGGCCUUAGUCCAAGUCAUGGUCCGGCAAUACCGGCCCGGGCAGGGCUUGAAGCUGCACAUCGACAGCAAGGAGAUGUUCGAGGAGCCGGUUCUGGCGGUGGUGCUGCGAGCCGGAGGAGCAGGGGAUGGCUUGGUCCUGCAGCACAUGAAGGAACCAGAUCAAAAGGCGGGUCCGGUGGCGGAGUGCACGGGCCUGGCCAUGUGCUUCCAGGGCCCGGCUCGCUAUGACUGGGGCCAUGAGGUUCCGGCGGUUUCGGAGCGGCGUUUGUCCAUCACCUGGCGCUGGUUCCGCUCGCGAUACCUCGAGCGAUUCGAGCACUGA